AGUUGUUAUGAACUUCUGCCCAAACGGCUGGUUCAGUUACAGAACUCGCUGCUUCCUGUUCAUCAAGAGUUACAAGAACUGGUACAAUGCUGAGGAGCACUGCAGUACCCUGGGCGGCCAGCUGGCGUCAGUGCAGAACGGCAGAGAGUACAUCUUCCUGCAGCAGCUGACACAGGGCCACCAGAGGACCAUGGCCUGGCUGGGAGGCUUCAACCUGCAGAACAAGUGGAUGUGGAUCGACCGUCAGGGUUUUUACUACACGACCUGGUUUAGUUCAUCCUCUAUCACCAACGCCGCCUGUACCUUCCUGCGCUCCACCUCUGCAAAAAAACAAAAGAAAAAGGUGUUUUGGACUUUGGAUGGAAAGUGCAUCAACCUGGACUCCUGGUUCUCUGAAGCUGAAAUCUGCUUACUGCUGGACCAGUGUGUGCGUCCUCCUCUGUGUUCCAUCAGUCAGCGCUGGGGCGAGUCUCUGCUGUGCGUCCAAGCGGAGAUCUGGAUCUGGAAACAGAAGCGUGCGCUCUGA